UAUAGCUCUUGAAUUGAAUUUAGUCAUCACUUAAAAAUUCUUCCAGAUCUGCUGGAACAUGUUUUUGGGGAUCAUCUGGCUCUUGACCUCGCCACAAAUUUGCUCAACUCAACUAACAUCAACAACAUGCUCUUCUUGCAUAGAAAUUUAUUUAGACCCAGUUCCUUUAAUGCCUUUGUUAUAUACCAGCAGUACAAAAGUUUUGUUUCUUGGUAGGAUUGAGACAAUUCAGGAAAAGGCCUUCAUAAAGAACCCAAAACUUGAGAGAGUGGAGUUUAUGGGUACCUCUACUACUUCUGUAGAGGCAGGUGCCUUUCAGGGUUUAACUGAUCUCAAGACUUUGGAGAUUUCUGGCACCAAUCUCAGCUUACUUCCUGAUGAAAUGUUUAAGAAUCUCAAACAACUUGUCACACUUUACUUGACACAAAACAAAAUUGAAGAUAUUACGGAAAAUUUGUUCAGUGGUCUUACAAAACUUAGAGAUCUUAGACUGAAUUCUAAUAAUAUUUCCUCCAUUUCCAUGAAGGCUUUUGAUAAUAUGGAGCAACUUCAGACACUUGAUCUGUCUAAGAACAACCUUGCCAAAAUUCCAGAUGAUAUUUGGUCUGGGAAACUGACUAAUCUGGAGGAAAUCAAUAUACAGGAUAACAAAAUCACAUAUCUACAAACUAGUUCAAAAUCCCAUGAAAAGCUUGAACGACUAUUUUUAGGCAAUAAUCUCCUGAAUGAACUGCCCAAAGAGGCAUUUGCUCACCUCCCAGUUCUGAAAAUACUGGGUUUACAGAAAAAUAAUAUUACCUCCUUUUCCCAAGGAGUAUUUAGCAAACUUACACAGCUUGCGUUGCUGGACAUUUCCAAUAAUAAGAUUGAAAAUCUGCCUCAAGGAGUUUUUGAGGGUCUUGGAAAGUUAAGUGAACUCAAUCUGGAGGGUAAUCUAAUACACACUUUAAAAGCCGAGGCCUUGCCAUCUUUAAAGACUCUGAAACUAUCCAACAAUAAACUGAAGUCACUAACUGGUGUUCCACUUGAGGUGUUCGGAAAAAUUGAAAAUGUUUAUCUGGAUGAUAAUCCUUGGCUUUGUGAUUGUGAAAUGAGUGAUUACUUGGAAAAACCAUACAAUUUCACAAUAUUUUGUAUGUAUCCAGAGGCACUAAAGAAACAAAAUUUUAAUUCUUUGACCAAACAUUCAAUAUGCCCCAACACAACACCAUCUGAGAAAAUGGACACAUCUACAAAAUCACCUGAUGCUUCCAAAUCGUCUGAUGUCUUACAACCCCUAUAUGCUUCAAAAUCGCCUGAUGUUUCACAACCCCCACCCAACUAUCAAAAUGGACCUACAAAGGAGCCUACAAGUUAUCAGGAUGCUUCAAAAUCGUCUGAUGUUUCACAACCCCCACCCAACUAUCAAAAUGGACCUACAAAGGAGCCUACAAGUUAUCAGGUAGAUGGAACUAUGAAACACAACUGGUCCAAUGUUAGUAGAAUAAUUUUGGCUACCAUCGCUCCACUUCUCACGCUGUUGUUUCUGUUCAUUCUUGCACGACUGUACACACGCACCAGGGGGUACAGUGUACGUCCCGUGGAUCCCAGACUCCAACCCAUAAAACUAGUAGAUGAAGACAACUGCAAGUUAUUGUAUGUCCACGAACUUCCAGAGACGAUUUCUCCUCCAGAGCAUCCAGCAGUGCUAUCAUAACAGAGAAAAAUGGAUGAAAUCCUGUACACAUAGUGGUUAUAGAAAGCAUUCAUAUUCACUGAUAUAAUAUUACUUUUUAUGUUAGCCUAUUUGCUCUUCAAACAAAAUGAACUUGAAUGAUACAGAUGUAUGUUGUAACCAUAUACCUGCAAAGCCUGCAAAGAGGCAGGUGAUCGGAUAUGUUUUUAAAAAUAUAUUUUUUAUUUUAUUAAAGGAGGUCUAUGCAGUUCAGGGUAGCUGUCUGCUAACAUGUUUGGGGCAGCAUAUUACUGUAUUUGUCCACUUCCUUUUCCCUCACAUAAUUAUACAAAUGGCCAAGUGGGGCAAAGAUGACUGCUAAAGGCUGCACACAGAAUGAAUCAUCAAAAUUGAUUGACACCUUAAAGAGACAAAUUACUCUGCAUGGUCUGCAUACAGUAUGCUCAACACAUUGGCUGUGUCUCACACCUUACUUCCAUAAUGCCCACUCUUUUUAAUAGUUAGUAUUGUCCCAAAAGGAACACUUAUAUCAAAACACUUACUGGAAGUGGCACCCGUUUAGUGUGAGUAGUGUGUUAUCUGCACUAUCAUUGAGUCAUCAUUGAGUACUAAUGGUCUAAUCCGAUUCAAUGAUGCUAGGCUGGAGCUAAAAGUGGUAUUGCCAGAGAACGCCUGGAUGAACUUGAGAAAGGUAAAAAUCAGUGUAAUUCUCCAAAUGGUGAAAUAUCCCUUUAGCAAGAAAGGUGUAGUUAGACUUUAGACUUUCUACUUUGAUAUCAUUUAAAAUUAGGACCAUAAGAGGCAAGAGCAUACAGAAUGAUUUUUUUAAUUCAUUGCUUGAUUUAUUACAAAAUCAUUGUAGAUUUAAUGAUUGUUAACUACAUUGCCUUGGUUAACUGUAUAUAUAUUUAGUCAAAGCAAUGUAUCUAGUUCUUUCUUCAUGACAUUGUUCAUCUUGACCAUAGGAAGAUGUGGAAAAAUUAAGCUAAUAUCCAUAGUGACUUGUACAGACAUAUAUGUAUAGUACAGUCUAUAAUAAAACCUAUUGAUAAGAACCAUACACCUCCUAGUAGCCUACUAAACUAUUUUACUUAGUUCGCUUUCAAGGAACUCAGAUGUUGGAAAUGCUUUUGUAUUAUUUUGUGUUUGAUUCACUGUUUUUAUUUUACUAAAUUCUGUUCAACCUGUUUUACAACUUGUAUGUGGACAAUAAAAAAAAUUGGUCAACUCCAACCACUGUCUUCUCAAG